CGUUCCCUGAAGAGAAGUUACGGGCAGGUGUUUCGGUCGCGAUGAAUUUCAGGGGUACCAACCGGGUCCUCCUUCAGUUUCGGUGGCCAAGUUAGAAGUCUCUCUCCUGCCCUCUAUCCGCACCCGUAGCUGGACGCGCCUCUGGAUAUUGCAUUGUAUGAAAACCCAUGGACAAUCCCAAAUAUGUUGUCAAUGACGAGAAUUGGCUUGGCCCCAGUUUUGGGCUAUUUGAUUAUUGAAGAAGAUUUUAAUAUUGCACUAGGAGUUUUUGCUUUAGCUGGGCUAACUGACUUGUUGGAUGGAUUUAUUGCUCGAAACUGGGCCAGUCAAAAAUCAGCUUUGGGAAGUGCUCUUGAUCCACUUGCUGAUAAAAUACUUAUCAGUAUCUUAUAUGUUAGCUUGACCUAUGCAGAUCUUAUCCCAGUUCCACUUACUUACAUGAUAAUUUCAAGAGAUGUAAUGUUGAUUGCUGCUGUGUUUUAUGUCAGAUAUCGAACUCUUCCAACACCGCGCACACUGUCUAAGUACUUCAAUCCUUGCUAUGCCACUGCUAGGUUAAAACCAACCUUCAUCAGCAAGGUAAACACAGCAGUCCAGUUAAUCUUGGUGGCAGCUUCUUUGGCAGCUCCGGUUUUCAAUUAUGCUGACAGCAUUUAUCUUCAGAUCCUGUGGUGUUUUACCGCUUUCACCACAGCUGCAUCAGCUUACAGUUAUUAUCAUUACGGUCGGAAAACUGUUCAGGUGAUAAAGGGCAGAUGAAAGCCAUCCGUCAUCGUUAGCAAGGAAGCAGGAUACAUCUUCGGCAGCAGGGCCAGUGGAAAUCUCCAGGAGUUUCCUUAUUUUGGUGUUCAGCUUGAAAAAGGACUUGUCAGAACAAACCAUGUCGUCAAAAUUUAAUGUGCAUUGAAAAUGAGCUUGAUCAUGGGUAUAAGCAGAAUUUCCAAUGUAUUUUUAAAUACAAAUAAAACUAUAGAAUUUUUUUAUCUUAGGUCUCUUGAUUAAUUUAUAAGGUUGCAAUUAUUCCAGUUAUUGUCAGCCAUUUUUUUUACUCCAUUAAAAUAAUCCAGAGCAUAGAAACAGAGGAGUUGCCACUUCUCUUUAAUAGAAUUUAGAUGGCUCACAAAGCCCUCAGGAAUUUGUUGGGUUUAAAUAUACAUCCUAUAUAACUUGGCUACAUAGUUUUAUGUUUGAUUUUUAGAUCUGUGUACACAUUAACAGUGUAUGUGGUUAAUAUUUGAUUGCUUAGGAUAAUGACAAAAUACAGGUAGCUUAGUUGUGGAUGAAGUAAAUUUGUGAAGAGAUUUAAAAUGCAGUCAGUUUUGAAAAUAAUAAGAUCAAAAUAGAAGGUACUGAAGUUCAUGUUUAGUAUUCUUCCAGCCUCUCAGGUGCCUAACAGUUUAUGCAUCAGGAUAAGUGACAAAGGCAGCUGGAAAAUGAAAGCUUGUCUGUCACCCUAGCCGUCCACGAGGCAGUGAGUUCCAUCAUGCCUUCCCACUGUAUUUCUAACACAACAGUGUUUGUAUCAUAUGGGAACUUGUACUCAUAUGUUAUGUAAAUAAUAUGAAACUGUAUAUUUUUCAAAGUUUUUUUUUUUUAAACUCUGGGGAAUCUUUUGUUAAGAUGUUAAAGGAAUAAAAGAGUUGGAAAAAAGUGUACCUUCAA